UAAAACGGGACGAGAAAUUUCUUGUUGUUGAUUUUUCUCAUUUAUUUUGUAAGAAUAUUCGUCGUCAAAAUGUUUAAAAAAGGAAAAACGAACAAAAUUCCUCCACGGAAGCUUCAACCACCGAAAAAAGAAGAAACUCAGCGUAAAUUCAAAGAUAUUCCGCUCGAUUCUGACUUUGCGCUUCCUCCAAAUUCAAUUCCAACCAACUUACCGAUGGAUGUGGUGACAAAUCUCGAGAGCAUUCCGACCGUCAGUUACGUUCAAACGCAUCCGUCGUUCCAAAUAUUCAUCACUGACGCCCAUUCGCCGACCAAAUUUUGGUUCAUCAACGCCAACGAUGCCCCAAAAUCGAACGCCUUCAUGGACGAGAUGCACACUUACUACCGGCAACUGCAAGAAAACAAAGACGACACGUACCGAAUGUCAGCAAAGGACGCAAUCGAAGGAAGGCUUUGCGUCGCUCUUUUCGACUUUGUCUGGCAUCGCGCGAUCAUCGUUCGGGCUCCCAUCAAGAACAAAGUUCAAGUCAUGCAUUUGGAUUACGGGACAAUUUCAACCGCAUCCAUCGACGAAAUUCAAUUUUUGACAGAAAAAUUCGCAAAAAUGCCGUAUUUGUUGAUGCGAGGACGUUUAGCGCUCGUUGCGCCGCGAUCGGAUCACUGGGCACGCGAAUAUCAAAACGACGCCACGGAAAAAUUCAUCGAUUUGGUGUUCUCGAAGAAGUUAUAUGCGAUUUUGUAUGCCCAAGAAGAAGAUGAAAAUGUGUCUCACCUGAUUUUGUAUGAGAAACCCAUCGAAUGCGGUGUCGAUAACACAAGUAUCAAUGAGCAACUCGCUUUGGCGACAGAUUGUCGACUUUUCACAAGCACUUCCGAAGAAUGGCCUUGCAUCGAUGAACUUUACCCGACAUUCGACAUGCUCGAAAAUCAUAAAUUUCCAACGUACACGCAACUUGUCAAAGCCACAAAGCCGGAAAUUUACUGGCGACAUGAAAAAACGGCGGCAUUUUACAGCGAAAGUCACAAAAGUUACAAACGCAAAUGGCGAACUGUUUAUUCGAACCCAUUCGACGAUUGCUUUGCUGAAACGGGAAAUAUCGUCGAGAUGCGGUGCAAAACUUUGGAAGAAGUGAUUGCGUCGAUGACUGAAACAGAAAUAGACGAGAAACCGCAUUUCAGUAAAAACACAAAUCCCUUUUUGGAGGAAAGUGACGUUGAAACGUUUGAAUGGACUUCGGACUCGAACACGGAAGAUGGGAAAAAAUUUCAAAACAAAAGCAUGAGUUCCUAUUUUGAAGAAUCUGAAACGGAAAUGGGCUCGAAAAUAUUUCCGAACAAAACGAAUCCGUUCUUGGAUGAGAGUUUUGUAGAAGAUUUCUUCGAACAUUCCGUCACAAAUCCGUUUCUAGAAGAAAUUGAAUUAGAAAGAUUUAGAAUUUGAGAGAUGACCUUGAAAAAGUUUUCCGUUUGACAAAAAGUAAGAUUUGUAAAUAUUUUUCUCUAUUAAUUAUUAUUGAAAGUAAUUGUAAAAGUAAUUAAAUGAUAUUCAGACUAAACAGCGUUUAUUUUAAAUUUUUGAUAGGCAAAAAAUAGUA